AUGUAUGUGCAUCUUAUAUUCUACAUACUUAUCGUGAUACCCACAUGGUGCCUUUUGGCAGAACAUGAUAGUACCUCUGAACACCGCUGCUUCCAUCAACCUGCCAGUGAAUGCCGUCCUAACGAUUUAUGCAGAUGUCACCAGUUAAAAGACAUCAAAAGGGCUGCUGUUUGUUGUGACGUAAACAAAUUUACCCUUACAGAAGGAUUAGCAUGUGCAAAUAUCACUGUAGAUGGACAAGUAGAGGCACUACAUAUACGAAAUGCAACGUUGGACGUUUUAAAUGUGACACAACCCGUAUGGAAAAGACUGAAAUACAUGACAAUCACAGAUGGCCAAAUCAAUAGCUUAGUAGGAGAGUUCGCCAAAUUAUCGUCAGUGUCUUGCCUGAACCUCUCGUCAAAUGGAAUUAAGAAUUUUGCACAGAGGUCCUUAGUUAACCUGUUCAACCUUAGCUUUUUGGAUUUGUCUCAUAAUAAUCUGACUAGUGUCCCUAGAUUCAAAAAAGAAGGAUCAGUUAUAUUGGACAUAUCAGAUAAUCCUUAUAUGCUUUGCACUAGUUUGUUAGACACUUUAAAGAAAAGGGAGGUUAAUGUCAGUAACGAGGAUGUUACUUUUUGUUUGUCCUCAAAGACCUUCCACUGGUUUAACUCAACAGAAAAGUUGCCAAUUUCACAAGUACAGGGAUUGCUUGAGAUUGAGGAAAACUGUAUUGAAAAUUGUACUUGCCAACCUUACAGGAUGGAAAUCGUGUUAGGAAAGCAACCCAUAUUUUCCGUCGCUGUAAACUGUUCAGGGGUCAAUUUGCUUUCCCUGCCAACUCCUCUACCACCACAUACUGUAUCGUUAAAUAUUACAAACAAUAAUAUAACAUCGUUACAGGAACUGGGAGACCCAUCAUAUCAGCAUUUGAUGUUCUUGUAUGCAGAUAAUAAUCAAAUAUCUACCAUUCAACAGAUGGAGGGUACAAAAUUUAUGAGUAAUUUUGUAGUGUUGAGUUUAAAGAAUAACAAAAUCAAAGAGUUUGAGACAUAUCUUUUGUCGAAUAUAAAAUUCUAUCGUACCAGCGACAGCAUGCGCUAUAUAAAUUUAGGACACAAUAAGCUACAUUGUGAUUGUAAAACAGCAAAGGAGUUUAAGGUGUGGUUACUGUCCAAAUUGGAACACGUACCAGAUUACGACGCGAUUGGAUGUGACAAUAUGGACGUGAAAAUUAUGGAAUUGGAACAAACUAAACUGUGCCAGAGUCAGCAAGAUUGGACUGACUAUAUAUACUAUAUAAUAACCGCUGAAGUGCUCUUACUUAUAGGUCUUAUUGCAAAAGUGUCUUACGAUUACUGGGUAUUUAAAACAGCUGGCUAUCUUCCAUGGCCCGCUAGUAAAAUGCCUAAAUUGCCUUGUGAUUGGCUGUGCGAAUAAAGUGCUUUAUGUGCUUCCUGUUCUAUGGUUGUGACAAGUAUAUGUAUAUAACUUUUACCGUUAUAGAGUUCUCUCCUGCUUGUUUAUUAUAUGUUUUCUCGAAACGAAAAGUCUGAUAGUACAAAUUCUAUAUGUGUCUACUAUAUUUUACGUUUUACAAAAUCACAUGCUCAAUUGUUAUAAGUAGAUCACUUGUAUGGGAUUUUUAAGCUAGAUUUAUUUACAUAUCAACAUAGUUAUACAAAGUAGUCAAUUACUGGGUUGCUGAAAAUGUAAAAGUGUUUGGUUUGGGUGUUUAUAUAGCGAUUCAUUGAAACAAGGCUAAACAUUGAAAUUUUACCAAUUCAGAAACACCAGCUCUAUAUUUUUAGACUAAUUACUACCAUUUCUUGAUAGAAGAGGUAGAAGACAACUAAAAUACCAUAAUAAAUAGUAAUAUUUCUUUAUAAUAAGUGUUGCAAAAUUUCUAAACAAGUUUAUUUAACAAGUAUAGUAAUUGUUGCUAGAAUUUUUAAUGUAGCAAAUUCAAGUACCUAUUUAAUAUUAGUUUUCUUAACACUUCUUUAUCAGACAACGGCAUCUUGAGGAGAAGUAUGUCCUUGUUUUUUUUUUCAUAUAAUUAUACUAUAGGAAAAAUUUGAAUUUUGCACCUUUUUAUAUUUUGCUCAGAACUCUAUAAUACUUGUGUUAAAAUAUUGUCGUGGUUGUGUCAAAUAUUAUAGUCAAUGUAAUAAAUUAUAUACAGGGUGUUUCUAUAUAUCUUUACAUAUAUACAACAUGUUACUGCAGUAAACAAUGUUAAAGCUUGAAUAGUUUUAUUAAGUGUAUUAUAUUUUGUAUCGGGGGAAUUCUGACCUAGCCCUAAUUAUUUUGAAAUCAACGUAAUGCAGAUAAAGUUAAGGUCGUUUUCGACUUAACAGUUCGGAUUGUGUCUACACUCACAGCAUAUGUAAACAAGCAAUUUCACUCCGUUGUGGGCCCUUUGAUCUUUAUUCAGCCACUCUUGAUGCUGGAUAGAGAAAUUAUUACCAGAGUGGCAAUAAGAGUAGAUAAGAAAGAUAAGAUCGUGAUAAAUAUAUAAAAAAAAACUAUUACUAAUUUGAAGAAUUAUUAUAGAUGUAUUUUAUUCGCGAUUUGUUAGUUGCAAUGUGUUAUAAAUAAUAAAGAGUUUUAGAACCGGUUUAAGGUAAUAUGUUAUUUGUACGAUGAGUUUGCGUUUAUUGUUAUAUAUCUAACCUUAACAAGAUUCUCAAAUAGAAGGUUCUAAAUCUCUUGACAAUUAGUUUAAUUAUCAAAUUUUGCAUCAAAAUGUUAAGGAGUACGUAUUAAUAUCGACAAAAAUUUUUGACGAUGAUACCCGCAACAAUAUUUCAUAUUUGUAAUAAACUAGCUUUUAUUAUUUUCCAUAUUUUCUUCAGCAUGUUGUUUACUAAAUUGAGCACAUAUUUUUUGCAUACUAAAAGCAUUAGAAUAGUCUGUGUAAUUCAAAUAUGCGCUCAAUUUUUAGUAAAUUCGGUCAAUAUUGCUUGUUUAUAAAACGCAUUACUUGAAUUGUUAAAAAACGUUUCACUCUCAAAAUGCUUUGCAAAUCCGAGUAAAAUAUUUUUGUUAUUAUGUACACGUCCAUUUGUUUAUACUGUAAUUAUACAGGGUGUCUGAGAAACAAUUGCCAAUAUAUUAAUCAUGAAUUUAACUUGACAAAAGCAUCAAUUUUUGUAUAUUUUUUUGUGUACAGCAAAAAAAUUGUAAGAAAAUAGUCGCUCUCAUACCUUACUUAGACAUUUCAUCAAUUCAUUGGCAGCUCAUUACAACUAUUUUAAUCGGCACAAAAUACGAGUCGAACAUUAGAGCUUUUGAUAAAAAUUAUUAGAAAUAUAUUUUAAUGAGUUAAACAUAUGGUUAAGCUUUUGACACUUAUUAAUGGGACACUGUACAUAUUUCGUAUCUAAUUUCAUUUUUAGAGAAUCUUUAGAAACCUAAAUUACUACUGUAAGAAUUAUUUUGUUGUUUAAAAGCUGUACAUCGACUCAUUUCAACUUUUCACUCAUUCUGAAUUUUUGUCGAACACAAACUGAAAAAUUUUUUAAUGCGGUUUAUUGCACACAGCUGGCGAGUUGUAGAGAGUCUCUGCAGACUAAAAUUAUGCGCAGUCUAAGUUUUAUCGGCGUCUAAUGAUUUCACCUCUUCUGAUUUGACACAUUAAGUUGAUCAACUUCUCUGAAAUGGAACGGCUAUAUGCUGACAAUGAAAAAAAGUUCCUCUUGAAUUCAAAGAUUAAGGCUAGGUCAGAUUGAUCAGAACUAAAGUUAUAUUGAAGUAACAGAAUAACAUUUUUUAUAGGUUCUGUAUAGGUACACUUUCGGUAGUCAUUAUAAUUUACUUCCUUAACUUUAAAUACUUUGGUUUAAUAAUAUUAAUAAUAAUGUAUAGUUUACCACUAUGUAUAGUUCACGAGAUUUCAAAAUUAAAAUAUUGCACAUUGUCAUAUUUUCAAAUUAUCAAAUUAUUUCUAACACUACGUGAACUUAACAGGUAGAAUUAAAUAUGUCUUAAAAUAAUUUGCAGAGGGAAAUAAUUUUGUGUCCGUCUAAAUUGAAAAAUAUUGUGUGGCAUAUUUGACAUUAUUAUUUUCUCGACAAAUUAUUAUCAUAAAUAUCAUAAGUUAUUUUCUCAAAAUUUUGUACGUUUUCUAUACCUAAUAUGUUAUAAAUUGGCUUCAUUUGGUUUAAGUAUCUACUGUUUUCCAAAAACAAGUUGUUUCAUUUUAAUGUCGUCCAUAUUUAGUGCAUAAUAAUAAAGAAUAAUAAUAACUUUCUAAGCCAAAUUAUUGUUACAUAGUUACUCAAAGCAAAUAUAUUUGUUAUUUGUAAGUUCAAAUUGAAAUUAGGACAAUCAGAAUACUGUAUAGUUAUUAACGAUUUUUUCUGUUGAUUUGAUGUACAAAUUAAAACCUUACAACCAAUUUAGUGAUAAUUGUAUCAUUUGAACUUAUUGCACAUAUUAAAUGAAUGUGGUUAUUGUAAAUAA